ACGGGAUGUGCGAAAGGUUCAACCGAACUCUACUUAACAUGCUGGGGACACUUCAACCAGACAAGAAGAAGAACUGGAAAGCUUAUGUAGGACCACUUGUCCACGCAUACAACUGUACCAAGCAUGAGUCUACUGGAUUUGCACCAUAUUACCUUAUGUUUGGAAGAGAUCCCAGACUUCCAGUGGAUGUAGCGUUUGGUAUACGAAAAGAGACAGGAUCUAAUUACAUCAAGGACCUUAGAGAACGGUUGGAAUUUGCGCACAACUUAGCUACUGAAGCGUCGAAGAAAGCACAACUGAAACAAAAGAAGAACUAUGACACCAGAGUAAAGGGAGCUACCAUCAAGAAAGGAGAUUUAGUCCUGGUGAAGAUAGUUGCAUUUGAAGGCAAACACAAAUUAUCAGACAAGUGGGAGCAGGAUCCGUAUGUUGUACUCGAACAACCGAAUCUGGACAUACCAGUCUUCACAGUGAGAAAGGAGAAUGGAGAAGGACGUAAGAGGAACCUCCAUAGAAACUUGCUGUUGCCAGUGGGUCACCUUGUAGAACCAACUAAGCCAGUACCUAAACCCAGAAAACGAACCAAGAAGGAACCACCGAAACCUGCACCUAGAAUAUGCAAGAAACCGACAGCCAAUUAUCCGGAAUCAUCUGAUGAUGAGGAUAUUAUAGAUGUGAUAUUGGAACCAUUAGUUGAGGAUGACAGUGAUUCAACCAUCACUUCAGAUAUAACUCAGCCAGUUGUUAUUCCAACAAGCAAUGUGGAUACAGAAGAUGAUUCUGAAUCUGAAGGGGACGCCCACUCUCAUGACACCAUUGGGACAGAUUCAGAUAUCAGCGACAGAAGGCCUUCACAAGAGGUGACCAGUGACAAUCAGGAGGAUAUUUCUGACAGUUCGUCAUCAUCGUCACCUGUGAGUAUUCGUCGGUCAACCAGAACAAAGAAAGCACCUGCUUGGAUGACGUCAGGAACAUAUGAGCUUUCUAAGAGUGCAAGUCACACCACCACUGCAGAUUGGUUUCAGAGGGUUCAAUGCCUUUCAUCUUUAGCAGACACUCAUCUAUUUCAUGGAAAACAGGCAGAAGCAGCACAGGCCAUUAUUGAUAUCAUUUCAACAGCAACCACACACAGGAAAUGACGGGACGUCAUUUCACGGCUGGGGGGAGUAUGUGAUAGCCUGUUAUUUUAUGUAUUUUGUAUAUUUUUAUAUUCUUAGUACUUGAUAUUAGUAUAUACUUGAAUAAAGUUAUAUUGUUAGCUUAAUAAUUACAUUUUGUAAUUAAGGAUUAGCAUUGUGUAUUAUUCUAUUUUAACUUAUUGACAUGGACUAUUGACGGACGAAUUCUCAUCUCAUGUUUUGGUUAAGUCUGAUUUCACUGUAGUUAGUACUUUAUUUUCACGGUUGAUUUGAGCGCUAUGGUACAUUUCUUCUAUUGGUCAGUACUUUUGGCGGUUUAAUUCCUUUGUUCUAGAUCUUAUGGGAAGACAUCUUGUGGUCAACACCUAUAUAUUUACCUGUCUGCAAUUUAACAACUUGAAGAAAUUAAUAUCUGUUAAAUAACAAUUCUGUGAUUGGAAAGUUUCUUAUAUAAGGUAUAUUUAAACCUUGCCAAAGAUGUAGUAUUCGAUAUUUAAUGGUUUAUAUGGAAAUGUGCCACUUGCACGAUAUGUGAGGGCAGUAUUUACAUAUUCAUAUAGUUAUACUUCGUUUCGUCUGAAUAAAAGUUACAGAACCCUAGAUUGCAGUUAUUUCUUUUAUUACUAAAAGCCCGAGAAAAACCGGCUUUUACAUUGGCGCCCAACGUACUUAGGAAGCUUUACUCAGCGACGAAGUAGAAACCAAGAAUAUAUUCUGAACUUUGACAACGACAGUGAAUCCGUACGAAAAAAUUACAUACGCAAUACCGGAAACUGAUCAGUGACGUAUAUCAACAUAACCGGUUCAUGAACUAGGACGACAGAGAACACAUUUUUCGUUGGAUUCAUCUUGAUCAACAAACAUUAUUGCUGAAUUUAUUGAACAUAUUAGUAUUAUAGUAUAUUUAAACCUUGCCAAAGAUGUAGUAUUCGAUAUUUAAUGGUUUAUAUGGAAAUGUGCCACUUGCACGAUAUGUGAGGGCAGUAUUUACAUAUUCAUAUAGUUAUACUUCGUUUCGUCUGAAUAAAAGUUACAGAACCCUA